AUGUAUUUUCAUGAUUCAAAAUUCCGAAAACUAUACUGCGACAUUUUGGAGAGCAUUGCUCCCCUAUUUUACCCUGAGGGAUCAAAUUACACGUGCAGUAAUGGGAAGUGGUUAAAUAGCUUCCCACAGUUCGCAGCUCUUCUCAUCUCUCCUGUCUCCCCUAUCUGCCUGUGGGGGAAGCUGCAACUGGGUGUUCAUCAUGACUGGGAGUGGGAGGAGGAGGAAGCUCAAUUUGUAAGAUUUGAUUUUUUCUACUUCACAUUUGCGAUUCGCAUGUCAUCAAUUUGGUUCUGUUUCUUUUCAGCUGUGAUUUAUUGGUUAACUGAAACAGCGUCAACUAGUACAAGAAGAGCUAGAAACAUGACUAACGAAAAGUUCGAGCUUCAAACUUGGUCAGAGCUUCCUAAAGAUCUUUUGGAAGUCAUGGUGUCUCGUUUAUCUCUACAUGACAAUAUUCGAACAUCUGGUGUAUGCAAAUCAUCGGUCUAUUCUUCUAAAAGAUGGCAUUUAGCUGCCAAUGCUAUGCGGGUAGUCAACAGACCACCAUUACUCAUGUUCUGCUCAAGAGAUGGUGAAAAAUUCAAAUUCUAUGAUCCAUCACAGCGUAGAAUCCAGCCUGUGAAGUUUCCUCAGCUGGUGUACUCUAAAGUAUGCUGCAGUAAAGAUGGUUGGUUGUUGCUAUACAACCCCACAUAUAUCCGUGCGUUCUUUUUCAAUCCUUUUACUCAGGACGAGGUCAAGUUACCAACAUAUGAUUUGGAUCAUCAGAUUGUUGCAUUCUCUGCUCCCCCAACUUUUACAAGCUGUAUUGUUUUUACCAUAAAGCAUGUCAGUUCCACAUCUGUUAAUAUUUCAACUUGUCGUCCUGGGGCAAAAGAGAUGACUACUGUUCAAUAUCAAAACCGUUUGCCCUUUGUGAGUAGCAUUUGGAACAAGCUUGUUUUCUGCAAUGACCUCUUUUAUUGUCAAAGCCUCACAGGUUGGGUGGGCGUAUUCAACCCACAUGAACGAACUUGGACUGUCCUUUCAGUUCCUCCUCCCAAAUGCCCUGACAGAUUUCUCGCUAAGAAUUGGUGGAAAGGUAACUUUUUGUCUGAGAAGCAUGGAAGUAUAUUAGUUAUAUAUACAUGCUCUACUGAAAAUCCAAUUGCGUUCAAGUUGGACGAGAAAAAUAUGGUCUGGGAACAGCUAGGAAACCUAGAUGGUGCAACUGUUUUUGCUAGUUUCCUUACAACUCUUACAAACGUCAACCUACCUGCAAUAAAGAGAAACAGUAUCUACUUCUCUAAAAUUCGUUUUUAUGGAAGGCACUGCAUAUCAUACUCACUCGAAGAUGGAAGAUGUCAUCCUCGCAAUGAGUACCAUGACUGGGGAGAGCUAGAGCCUUACGAGACCAUCUGGAUUGAACCACCAGAAAGCUUUGCAGGACUGAACUGAUGAAGACAUCAAGCUUCAAUGAAUGAAACUUCUCGUGCUUCAACGAGUGAAGACUUCACAA